AAAUGCCGAGUUGAGCUGAGCUGUCAAAAUCGCAUCCCUGGCCAGUAGCGAAAACUUUGUCACGGCUUGGUUUUUCCGCAAAUUUCGUAAAAAUUGCGUUCGUUUUCCAGCGGAAAAGUGUCUUUCCCGUAAAGUUGUGAAUCGCGCUUCGCGGAAACGAUUGGAUAAGUGAGUUUUCGUUUCGAUUGCCGGCUUGAGUGCAGAGAGAGGAGCAGCGACAUAAUGUCCCAACGCUUUCCUCCAGCGGGGCCCAGUGGUGCUCCGCCCGGUGCUCCCGGUCCACAGCGGUAUCCUCCGUCUCCGGCCGGGCAGCCCAGUCAACCGCCGCCGGGAAUGCGUCCGUACGGGCCUGGGAACAAUUUUCCGCCCCGCGGUUACACUCCCCCUCCCCAGAUGCCCGGUGGACCUCCGCCGCAAAACCCACCGGCAAUGCAUCCGCGACCGAUGCAGCCGGGCUUCCAGGCUGGCAGUAUGCGUGGUUCGCCAAUGCCGAGCGGAUCGUCAGGAGGGAGCAAACGUCCAGCGGACAAUCGAAGCACCAUGAGUCAACCACCCCCGAAGAGUGACUAUCCGGCGAAGAAAAAGAAGAAACUGGCGGACAAAAUCCUACCCCAGAAGGUACGCGACCUGGUUCCGGAAUCGCAGGCCUACAUGGACCUGUUGGCGUUCGAACGCAAGCUGGACGCGACGAUUAUGCGCAAGCGGCUGGACAUUCAGGAAGCCCUGAAGCGUCCAAUGAAGCAGAAGCGAAAACUCCGGAUCUUCAUUUCCAACACGUUCUACCCGAGCAAGGAGACCGAAGGCGGCGAUCCGGGCGCUGAGAGCUCGGUUGCUUCGUGGGAACUGCGCGUGGAGGGACGCCUUCUGGAGGAUAACAAGUCGGAUCCGAACAAAAUCAAGCGUAAGUUCUCGAGCUUCUUCAAGUCGUUGGUCAUCGAGCUGGACAAGGAGCUGUACGGGCCGGACAAUCAUCUGGUUGAGUGGCAUCGUACCCAUUCCACUCAGGAGACGGACGGAUUCCAGGUGAAGCGUCCCGGAGAUCGCAACGUCCGAUGCACGAUCUUGCUGUUGUUGGACUAUCAGCCGUUGCAGUUCAAGUUGGAUCCGCGUUUGGCCCGUCUUUUGGGGGUUCACACCCAGACGCGUCCGGUUAUCAUUUCCGCACUGUGGCAGUAUAUUAAGACUCAUAAGCUCCAGGACGCCCAUGAACGCGAGUACAUUACUUGCGAUAAAUAUCUGGAGCAGAUCUUCGGCUGCCAGAGAAUGAAGUUUGCGGAGAUCCCGCAGCGCUUGAAUCCGCUCCUGCACCCUCCAGAUCCAAUCGUCAUCAACCACGUGAUCACCGUGGAAGGAGGAAUGGAGAACAAGCAAACUGCUUGCUACGACAUCGACGUCGAGGUGGACGACACCCUGAAGAAUCAGAUGAACAACUUUUUGCUGAGCACUGCCUCCCAGCAGGAGAUUCAAACGCUGGACAGCAAGAUCCAUGACACGGUGGAGACGAUCAACCAGCUCAAAACGAACCGAGAGUUCUUCCUGAGCUUCGCCAAGGAUCCGCAGACGUUCAUACACAAGUGGAUCGUUUCGCAGACGCGCGAUCUCAAGACGAUGACCGAUAUCGUCGGGAAUCCGGAGGAGGAACGCCGCGCCGAGUUCUAUUACCAACCGUGGACUCAGGAGGCGGUCUCGCGGUACUUCUUCACCAAGGUCAAUCAGAAGCGGGCCGAGCUGGAGCAAGCUUUGGGCAUUCGGAACUCCUAGGCGGGAAAUUGCAUUCGUUCGUUUACUUGUCGGUGAUUUGAUGUGCGUUUUUGUCUUAAGUCUUAGGAAUCUGGACCGCGGACAGGUAAGUCUAGCGAUUUUGGAAUGCGCGGGGAUUCAAUAUUUCUUUUAACAGUUUAGUAUGAUCUUUCCGAGUAUUCGGAUUUAUAAUAUUAAUUGAAUGACGAUUUAGUAGUAAUGAUGUGCUCUAGAAUUCUGAAUACUGCAAGAAAUUAUGAUUAAUAAAGUAUGUCCUAGAGAAGA